GGCCCGAGGCAUAAGCGAUACAAGCGGGCGCUUGGGGCCUCCUGACCGCCAGGGGGCCCCCUAUCGGAAAAAAAAAUUAUAAUUAAAAAUAAUUUAAAAUAAUAAUAAUAUUAAAUAACUUAAACAAGUGACCUGAUUGAAUGAAAUAAAGAAUACAUCUAUACAAGAAAAUUCUGAUUUUACGAUCAAUAUAUCUGCCAGCGUACAAGUCAUGCAUAUCAACUGCGUGCUCAAUCUGCUGACAGAUAAUUCGCAGUCAUAGACAGACACUGCAUAAUACUCAAGGUUAAGUUGGAAGGGACAUAUAUAAGCAUGUCAUCUAAAAGGACGUAUCUCUCUGGUGCCCAAAAACGGAAAAAGAAAAGGACAGAAGAUGAGAAAAAAGAGCAAGAUAAAGGAACACUGUUGAAGUAUUUUGGAGCUCAACCAACUGUACCUGCCCCCGAUGUGUCAUCAAGUGUCAGUGCCUCCACAGCUGAUGAUACAGCAGGUUCACCCCCAGCAGACUUACAGUCACCUGAAAGUGAGGAAGAACUUUUACCCAUUGAGGAACAGUUACCAGCAUUGACAGUCACUAAUACACCGACUUCAACCUCUGCCGGCAUAACAGGUCCUUCUACAGCAUCCACUGCUAUGGAUGUCCCAUCCACUCCCUCAACAAGCACCAGCUAUCAAGGUGGAUCAACAGCUCCUCCAAUUGACCCAGCUGAAUGGUCAGCAUUCCUGUCUGACUCAGAAAGGACUGAUCUGGUAAGAAGAGGGCCAGUGCAAAUUAGUGACACCUUCACCUUCCCCAAAAAAUCAAAUGGUCGAAGCUUUCAUUACCAUUAUACGUGUAGACAAUUAGUUAAUGGGGUUUAAAAGGUUAAUUGAAUACUGAGUCACUUUCAUUAUUUAAUCUAUGUAUCUAUGUAACGUUCUAUUUUUUAUUAUAUUCAUGCUUGUCUAUUUUGGUUUUAUUUUGUAAUUGGAAAUUGCUAACUUAAUACGCAUUUGCAAAUUAUUUAUUUAAUAUGUUUGUGAUCGUUUGUUUGGAAUACAGAGGCACUAUCAUUAUUUAUUUUUUAUUUUUUAAUGUUAUUUUUGAUAAUACUAAUGUUUGUGUAUUUUGAUUUCAGUUUAAGAUUGCACAUUUACAAAUCUGUUGAAAGAUCUGUUUAUUAAACUGAUACUUUAAAAAAAAAUACAAAUGCUG